AUGUUUUUGAGAAUGCUCGUUGUGGCACUGGCCUUGCGGCUCCUGGUCGACGUCGAGUCCAAACCGGCGCCCAGUCCCCUGAUUCUUCCUUAUGGGGUCCCCAGCCCCGUCCUGCCUAGCAUGCUUGGAGGCCAUGCUCUUCCAGUGGCUCCUAAUUUACCAUGUUCCAUUAUGCCAUCCCUGUGCCAACACCCCAUUAGUCCUCCAGUGAUGUACCACCCACCAACAGCCUUACUUGCUUCCCAUCCACCAGUGCUUCCUGUUCACCCACCUAUGGUCCUUCCUCAUCCACCAGUUAUGCCCGUUCAUCCUCCUAUGGUCUUUCCUCAUCCACCAGUUAUGCCCGUCCACCCUCCUAUGGUUCUUCCUCACCCACCACUUAUGCCUAUUCACCCCCCUAUGUUCCUUCCUCAUCCAUCAUUUAUGCCCGUUCACCCUCCUAUGGCCCUUCCUCACUCACCAUUUAUGCCUGUUACUUCCCCUAUGUUCCCUCUUCAACCAUCAAUGUUCUCAGUUCUACCAACCAUGCUUCAGCCACCGCCCUCUCCUCCUCAGCCGUCAGAGACUCCAGAGGAGUCCCCCUCACAAUCCUCAGAAUCCUCCCGCUCACUUACCAUCGUUUACCCCCCAACACCAGAUGCUUCCCCCUUUUUCGGUGGUGAGGCUGCAAUGCCAUUCUUCUCGAUGUUUAGUCCCGCAAGUUCCUACCCCUCAAUGCCCUCAACGCAGGCAGCUUCAGACAAUGACGCUUCCAACUCACCCUCUAAUGAUGGCAAACCGUUUCGGUUCUUUUAG